GUCCCCGUCCCGCUUCCUGCACUCUCGAUACAAAAAUCAAAACCACCGCUUGCCCUGCGCAUCCUCCGCCCGCUCCAGAAACCGCUCGCCUCCCACGCACGCUCCAGAAACCGCUCGCCUCCCACGCGCGCUCCGCUUCCUCCCCAAGAGCGCCUUCCUCGUCUCCCUCCCCCACGCGCCCACGACGGCCUGAGCUCCCACCGCCGGACCGCCGUGGGACCGGGCCGCAUCUGCCGCAGCCGUCGCCUUCCCCCCUCCGGCAGCAGGGCGCCCGCGCGCCCCCCGUGUCGCCACCGCCGCUGGCCCCUCUGGAACGCGCCCCUGCCGGUGUCCCCCUCCGGCCGCAGGGCGCGCAGGCGCCCCCGGACCCGCGCCGAUGCCGUCUCCUUCCGGCCGCAGUGCACGCAGGCACCGCCGGACCGCGCCGCCGACGCCGUGUCCCUCCGACUGUGGGACACGCAGCCGCCUCCCGGCCUCGCGGCCCCCGAAUCACGCCUCCCGGGCUUCGCGGCCACGGUCUCACCAUGGAGGACGACAUGAAGGAGGCGAGGCAGUGGCAGCAUAGGGCGUUCCAGUGGGGGAUGCUCAAGGUGUUCCUGCUGCUCGGCCUGGGGCUGACCGUGGCUGGCAUGCUCAUGGCGCGGCACGGGCACGCGGCGACGGUUAAGCUGUUCCGGCCAUGGCUUGGAGGCGGAGCCUCCCCUGCUGCCGCUGCCGCCAACACUGUGGCGGCGGAGGGACUGGAUCACUCGAUGACGGACGAGGACCUGCUCUGGCGUGCGUCGUUCCGCCCGGGGGUGCGGCGGUACCCAUUCCGGCGUGUGCCCAAGCUGGCCUUCAUGUUCCUCACGCGCGGCCCGCUGCCGCUGGCGCCGCUCUGGGAGCGCUUCUUCCGGGGGAACGAGGGCCGCUACCGGCUACUCCAUCUACGUCCACGCGCUGCCGUCCUAUCGGGCCAACUUCACCUCCGAAUCCGUCUUCUAUCGACGCCAAAUCCCCAGUGCCGGAGCUUGGAUCCCUGGCUUGCAGUCCACCUGCCCGCCCCUGCCCCUGCAGCUCGUCAUCUUGAUCGCGCAGCUCUCAUCCACCCAGGCGAAAUCAGAUCGCCUGGAGCAUGACAAGCACCCGCUGGCCUUCCAGAAUAGGUGUUUCUGAAUUGCCCAUCUGAUUUCUGAACCUUGCCGCUAUCCUUCUGUUCAAGGUAUCAUCAUAUUUCCCAUUCAAAAUAGAAGUUGUUUAACAGUCUAUUCGGUGAAAUAUCAGUGGCAUUUGCCAUAUUAAAGCUGCUUGAUUAAUUGUCUAAUAACCAAUCAAUCUGUAAAUCAGGGCUACAAUGCUCCAUACUCUGUAAAAAAUUUCAUUUGAGUUGUCAAACUGCAAACUUUGAUCAGAGAUAAUAACACGUCAAUAUGAUUAGUAACACAUUACAACGAUGGUUGAUGCAGUACAAUAAAUACACAAUAACGGAAUGUAAGUAUGAGCAUAGUGAUCUUAGAUAUUUAGCCUUCACUAACCUAGCAAGCUGCAAAAUAGGCUCCCUGAAUACGUGGACUUGAUCUACUUACUAAAUUUUUAGUUUUUAUGCGCAUAGUGUUGUCAUUCUGAAAAUGCUGGUGGCAUCUCUCUGAUCCUUGCAGGGCAUCCUUGCAGGUUUAUAGUGCCCCAUGUUUGUGCUUGAUAUAAUUUGGAUAUAAUGUCCCAUGUUUCUUCUCUUUGGUAUUUGAUCUUUGCAUCGACUUACUCUAGCUCUGAGAUUGUCUCCAUUUCUGUAGAUGGUCAUUGCGUUCCUCUAAUGCCUGCAAAAUUAGGAUAUCUGAUGUGACAAGCAUAUAAAAAUACUUUCUGCAGGAUGAAGCUAAAAUCACACAAAUGGAAAACUACUUCAUCUCUGAUCAUGCUUUAAUAUUGGUUCCCAAAGUCUUUUUCAUGCUUCAUAUAGUAUGCCUUUUCAUAUUCACCAUAUGUACUGAAAUUUUUAAUUGUAAGCAUAAGUUAUAGAGGAAAGCACCCCAGUAAUGAGUAUUUAGAGAUGGUCUGAUCAUUUAAAAAUGCUUCUCUCCGUAUUUUUUUAUAAAGUGCCGGCAAUAAUUUAGACAUCCAUUUCAAGUUAUGAAUAAUAAUUUGAAAUUAAACAAACAUGCUCAAAAUAAUUUCAAGUUAUUGUAUGUGACAAUUGCACUGGAAUGGUCAAGGGUUAUCACACACAAAAAUAUUUUUAAUAAAGCAACUCUACUCCUGUCAACUAAUAGUUGCCACCUCCUUAAU